UGGUUUCGCGACGGCUGACGGUUCUUCGGCUGACGGUCGCGGAGUGUUUCAGCGAAAAAUUCUGUAACUCGAGUGAUUUUUUUUUUCGCUGGACAUUUUCCGCAAUCAGCCAACGCUGUGUAAUAAAUUUGAUUGCGAAAAUCGUUCGAUUCUUUUCCGUGGAAAGUGUGGUGUUUGAAAUUUGUUGCUUCAGUUGUAUCGAUUUGAGAACGGGAGGACGCGGACGAGAAUCGGCGCAUCUGUUUUUCUAGUGGCAGAAGUAACAGCGGUGUAAUAAUUCUUUCCCAUUGCUAAAUUAUUCAGGGUGACGAGCAGGAAGACGACCUCGUCCUACUGAAUAUUAUCGCAAGUGCCACCACCACACAAGGCUUAUAUGCUGAUUCGUCGUCGGAGGGGUGGGAGGAAGAAAGAGGGACAGUGAACUGAUUGCUUUGCGGAAAGGAAGAACGAACUUGAUUUUAUCUUUCUGCCAGAAGACGGAGCAGGCAACUGAAGGCAGAGAGGAGCGCGCUGGACGCACUUUGGAAGCAAUCAAAGCAACAUCAUGAUGAACGAGGAGUCGGCUCCCAGUAGGAAUGUGGUGUCACAGUUCUUCAAACGUAUUUCACAGCUAUACCAGCUUCAGUUGGACCGAUGGACACCGCACACCAGGCUCCGAUGGGCGGGCGCGAUCGUGCUGAUUCUCCUCUUCCUGCUACGAGUAUUCACCAAACAGGGCUGGUACAUUGUGACGUACGCCCUCGGGAUCUAUCACCUGAAUUUGUUUAUUGCGUUCCUGACGCCGAAGAUCGACCCCGCCCUGGAUCUGGAUGACGACCAAGGCCCCGAAUUGCCGACCAGAGCGAACGAAGAAUUUCGGCCGUUCAUCCGGCGGUUACCGGAGUUCAAGUUCUGGUACGCCAUCAGCAAGAGUACGGUCAUCGGGAUCAUCUGCACGUUCUUCGAGGUGUUCAACGUUCCGGUGUUCUGGCCGAUUUUGGUGAUGUACUUCAUUACGCUGUUCUGCAUUACCAUGAAGCGGCAGAUUAGGCACAUGAUCAAGUACCGGUACCUGCCGUUCACCCACAGUAAGCCCCGCUACCAGGCGGUCCCGACGGAAAAGUGACAAUUAAAAGCACAAACCUUGCCACCAGCAUCAUCCGUUUCUUCGUCGUCGUCGUCAUCAUCGUCGUCGUCUUCGGUCGUAUCGUCCGCGGAGGUUGCCACCGGUUCUGCUGCCACGGCGGGACCGGUGGCGGCUGCCACAGCAGCAUCCCCCUCCACGGUGGUUCCGAUCAUUUCGACUGUCUAAGAGAGAACGAGCAGCCAGAAGCGUGCGCGCGUGUAUGAAAAACAACCCAUCCAAAGUGAGCCUCCGUCAAGUCGUCAUCAGCAGGGACAGUCGGACAGACAAACCUCACUAUCCCAAAACAAAAAAAAAUGGAGAGAAGGAAGGACUCGAGAGGAAGAUUCGAUUUAUUUUGGUUUCGUAACGUAGUUGCUUCGACUUAUGAGUUGUUUUUCAGUUAGGAGCUGUGACGAAUGGAAACGGUGAUAAAAGAGCGGUGACCUUUGUUCGAGAAAAUCGACAUCGGGUGACCUAACGAAGGGCAUUGAUUUGUGCUUACAUCGAUUGAAAAAAAAAGCUUAAAACCCACGAUCGUAUUUAUUAGAACGCAUGGAGACUUGCGUAUUUCAAGUAUCAAAACAAAAAUCUGAAUUCGGUUCCGCUUCGUGGUAGUCAGCCACCCACCUGUUCGGGUGUGUUUGGUGAAGAGUUAUUUCAAGUGUUUCAAAAAUUCGAAACACUCCAGCAAUAGUAAUUAUUAUGAUUAUUAUUUUCAACGCAAAACCCCUUUAUAUUCUUAGUUGAGUAAUGCUAGGUGCAUGUUGAUUUAGUACUUUUUUAUUAUUUCGUAUUUAAGGACGGUUUCCCAUAUAUAUCCCUAUCUUAGUUUUAGUAAGUUUAAUAUCGGACUUUCGGCACAGAGUUGUUCGAUUAUCUUUCUGUGUACAUGUUUCCUUCCCCAUCUUAUCUUCUAGCUAGUUUCGUAAUUGUUUAAAAUAUCAAACACAAGGGUAGUGAUCGAAGAAGCGAAGCGUGCAAACUUCAUCCCAAGAGUUGGCUUCUUCAAAACAAUCAAUUAACAGCAGUAGAUAAUUUAAAAUAGAUUCCGUUGAAUUUGCCAUUAGUUUGGAGGAAUUUAUGGGUUAUCUUUGAACAAAAGCUACAGAAAUUGUAUGAACAUUAGCAAUGCUAGGGACUCUUCUCGAAACAGCAGACAGAAGAACAUUUACUCCAGAAGAUCGAACCCUUCAAAUGUAAAAUCGUAGCAGAGUGGAAGACAAAAGAGCAAAGGUGAAAAACCCUAACAUUUAAACACACUUUAAAGUAAUCUAUCUACAUUGAGAACAACAAAAUAUUCUUUAGCAGCAAAGGACAAAGCAAACAAAAUAUACACAACGGAAGUGAACCGUGGCAACCAGCGCAUUGUAAUAAGAAAAAUCUUGGAUAACCAAAUAAAUAUUACAAAGUAAAAUGAUAA